CCCCCUCCCCGAUGAGCAGCUCUAUCUGCAGCCCAUGUGGCUGGGAGGCAGCCACAGCCGGUUCCAAUUCCUGCUUUCCCACUUUGCGCCCCUGCUCACUGCCGGGGCUGAGCAGAGCCAGGACCGGCCGCGGGCUUCCCCCCCCCUCGCUCCCUGCCGCGCCGUCCUCCCUCUCCCCCACUCCAUCCGAUCCCCUGCUCCCCCAGGGCACGCAGUGUGGGAAGUACGAAUUUCCGCUGAGUUUUCUCGGCGACUUUCGGAGCUCGUCUUUCUCCAGCUCCCCGCUCCGCCCGCCUCUCCCCCCCGCAGCCACCGCGCUCCGCCCGCCCUCUCCACCCCCGGGAGAGCCGGCGGAGCAGCGGGCAGCCUCUCCUCGGCUCCUCUCCGCUCCUCCAGGCAGCCUGCAGCCCUCCUCGCCUUCCCUUGCCCCCGACCGGCUCGGGUGACGGGAGCCCAUGGUGCCGGGCACGGCGAGCCGCGGCCGCCGCGGCGCCUGCCUGCCCGGCGGGGAGCUCGGCCCGGCGCGGAGCCGAGGAGGGGCCGAUUAGCAGCCGCUCAGGAGCGGUGGGAUGCCGGAGAGACCCAGUGCCGCUGGGGGAAGCUGCCCACAGCUCGUCCCGGGAUGGGGGCGCCGCGCCGGGUCCGCCUGAUGGUGCUGCGGCGGGUGCUGUGGGGCUCCGUCCCCCUCUUCCUCCUGCUGCUGCCCGCGGCCGAGCCCAUCUGCCCCGAGCCAUGCGACUGCCAGCAGCACCAGCACCUCCUCUGCACCAACCGGGGCCUGCGCUCCGUGCCCAAGGCUGCCGAGCCCCAGGAUAUCCUCACCUACAGCCUCGGGGGCAACUUCAUCGCCAACAUCUCCGCCUUCGACUUCCACCGCCUGGCAGGGCUUCAGCGCCUGGACCUGCAGUACAACCGGAUCCGCUCGCUGCACCCCAAGGCCUUUGAGCGCCUGGGCCGGCUGGAGGAGCUCUACCUGGGCAACAACCUGCUGCCGGCGCUGGCCCCCGGCACCCUCAGCGCCCUGGCCAAGCUGCGCAUCCUCUACGUGAAUGCCAACGAGAUUGGCCGCCUCAGCGCCGCCUCCUUCUCCGGCCUCGGCAGCCUCGUCAAGCUGCGCCUGGACGGCAACGAGCUGGGCUCGCUGGGUGACUCCACUUUCUCAGGGCUGCCGAACUUACUCUACCUGCACCUGGAGUCCAACCGCAUCCGCUGGCUGAGCCGCGGUGCGUUCACUGGCCUGGCCAAGCUCCGCUUCCUUGACCUGUCAGGGAACAAGCAGAGCUCCCUUCGCCACCCGGACAUCUUCGGACCGCUGCGCUCCCUCCACACCCUGCUGCUGGCUAGCAACAGCCUGCAGCAGCUGACGGGGGGGCUCUUCCAGCACUUGCCCAGCUUGGCAAAGCUCUCGCUCAGUGGCAACCGACUGUCUCACCUGGCACCAGAUGCCUUCAUGGGGCUGGGCUCACUGAAGGAGCUGCGCCUGGAGGGAAACCUGCUGAGCCACCUGCCUGCUGCACUCCUAGAGCCGCUGAGCAGCCUGGAGGCACUGGAUCUGAGCCGCAACGCGCUGACCGCCCUGCACUCAGCCACUUUUGGUCCCCUUGGCCACUUGCGGGAGCUCAGCCUCCGAGACAACACGCUGGCCACCCUUCCUGGUGACAUCUUUGCCUCCAGCCCAGCUCUCUACCGCCUGGAGCUGGAGGGGAAUGCCUGGAGCUGCGACUGCCGUCUCCGUGGCCUCAAGCACUGGCUGGGGGCUUGGCACUCCCAGGGCCGCCUGCUCACCGUCUUCGUGCAGUGCAGCCUGCCGCCCACCCUGGCUGGCAAGUACCUCGACUACCUGCAGGAUGCCCAACUGCUGCCACCACCUGAUGGCAGCUCCUGCCUCGAUGGUGCUUUUCCCUCCUCCGCAUCCCCCCCUGCAGCCGCUGAGGGACUCGGCAGCAACAGCAGCGGCGGUGACAUGGUGCUGCCCCAUGGUCCCCCAGGGGCACCACCGUCUGCCUCCACUGCCCGCCUGCUGGGUGCCCCUGAGGGCAAGGUGGCGGUGCCAAUAGGUGUGACAGCUGCGCCAAGCCCCACGCCGCCACUGCCUGCCCGCCCAGCAGCCUCCAGGCCAGCACUGCCCAGUGCAGCCUGGCCCCGUCGUGCCGGCAAGCCCCGUUCUGCACCGUCUGCCGGGGGCCCACCACUGGUGUCCGACCCGUGUGACUUCAACAAGCUGUUCCUCUGCAACCUGUCGGUGGAGGCGGUGGGCUCCAGCUCGGUGACGGUGCGCUGGGCUGUGCGGCCACACCGCAGCCCCCGCCUGCUGGGCCCGGCACGGUUCCGCUUGCUCUUUGACCGCUUCGGCGCCACUGUCAAGUUUCAGCGCUUCGUCUACCUGCCGGAGCAUGGGGAGCCAGCUGCCACCCUGCGGGAGCUCCGCCCGGACACCCCCUACCUUGUCUGUGUUGAGGGCGUCCUCGGUGGCCGCGUGUGCCCAGUGGCGCCACGGGACCACUGCGCAGGGCUGGUGACCCUGCCUGAGGGCAGUGCGGCGUCAGGUGGGCCCCGUGGCCCUGACCAGCAGCUGCUCACGCUGGUUUUGCUGGCGGUCAACGCGCUGCUGCUCUUCGCGGCGCUGGCAGCCUGGGCCUCCCGCCUGCUGCGGAAGAAGGUGCUGGGGCGGCGGCGGCGGAAGGCAGCCCCUGUCCAUGUCCGGCAGCUCUACUCCACCCGCCGGCCGCUCCGCUCCAUGGGCACUGGUGUCUCUGCCGACUUCUCGGGCUUCCAGUCCCACCGGCCACCCCGCGGUGCUGCCUGUGCCCUCAGCGAGGCUGACCUCAUCGAAUUCCCCUGCGAGCGCUUCAUGGACAGUAGUGGCGGCGCCCGGCAUGGUGAUGACCACCUGCUGCAGCGCUUUGCUGACUGAGCCCGCCCAACUACAGCUCCCGGCAUGCCCCAUGAGGGAGGAGGGCGGCAGUUGGGCGCUGCCAUGUGGCAAGACUUGCUGGGAGCUGUAGUCAGCAUGGCGAGGCGACUGUUGGUUCAUGAGGGGAAGGUGUGGGUCCCGCGGGUCGCGGCCUGCAAGAGGGAGAGCUUUGGGGCUGCUGCUGCCUUCAGCUACCACCUGGCCUUUACCGCAGGCAGGGACAGGGGCCAGCUGUGAGACAUGCUUACUCGGUUGCCUCUGACGUCUCCGUUUCCUCAAAAAUUAUCACUAACCCAAGCGAAAGCCCUGACCAUGAGUGUAACUGUUCCUCGGUGAGGAGGGCAAACCGUCAGGAGCUGCUGUGAACAGCAGCUGGUGCCUCCCUUGUGCCAACUCAGAGCCAUACGUCUAAGUGUCAUCUUUUACAGGUGGUUUUUCCAGACUGCAGUUGGGAUGGCAGUUAACAAUAAGCAGCCCAGCCCAUGCAAGGAUGGUCUGAACUGACGUUUUCAAGGCACCUAAUAAAAGAUGUGGACUAAGUGUCUUUUAACAUUGCUACUCGUGAACUGUGCAAGCUGGAAGUCAGUCAGAGGGAUGAUGGAAAUGUAUGUUUUAUGCUGGACAGUUUGAAUGCUGUGCCAUUUUAACUCAAAUUGAAUGUGAGGCAAUUUAAUGUGCGUGAGUGUGUUUUUGUACUUUUUUUUGUAAACGGGAAACAAUAAUGCAGCUGGUUAGUUUUACAGGAAUAUAUUGCUGACACCACUAGGAAAAACUAACAGAGUUUUGUAAUAUGUUUACAAAUGAGGUAUUUUUUCGAUUGUUUUUGAAUAAAUACUGCUUGGUACUUGUACACAUAAAUGUGUGCUUUAGUUCUCUGGGUCCAUGAUGGUCAGUAGAUCACUGACCCUCAAAUAAUCCAUCUUCAUUUCUAAAUGAGUGGAUAAAGUAAACUGUUGAUGGUUAAAUAAUAUUGGUGCCUUUCUUCACAUACAAUAAUAGGUGAGGAUAUUUCAGAAAUGUGAAGCUGUUUUUAUCCUAACAGGCAAUUUUCUUGUAGCCUUAGCCUACUAAAGUUAGAAGCUUUAUGUACCUCACUGUGAAAUAAAACAUUUUUGUAUCUUAAUCUAAAUUCUGUGGUUUGUGUAGCUGAGUGAGUAGUGCUAAAGUUAAACCCUCAUGCAGUAGUAUAUGAUGUUUGAGUUGUGUUUUGUUGUUGUUGUUGUUGUUUUGUUUUAAUUGGACUUUUGCCUUUCUUUUUGAGCAAUGCUAAUCAUUUUAUGAUCAAUUGCUCUCUACUUUCUUGGACUUUUACUUUCCUAAAUAUUUACAGAAUGUGGCUCUGUUACUAUUAAAUAUGGUGGUUUAGUUUACAUAAAUAAUUCUCUCUGUGUGGUCUAGAAACGAGCUAAUUAAGAAAGGUCCAAACUGUGGUUACACUUUAAAUGCAAAUGCUUUAGGUGGAGUUUGGUAAAUUGUUGAGCCCAUUGAUACUACUUGUGCUCCUUUGAAUUUAAUGUGCAACCUCAGAUGAACUCUUGUGCAACUGAAUGGCUUGAAGGGAGUGAUUAGUGGACUAUGGAGACAUUCAUCUCAAUAUCAUGCAUUCAUUGCUGACAUGAGAUGUUCGUGACUACAAGUUGUUUAUUACCAUAAUUGCAAGUAGAUGAUUUUGAGUUUUAUUUUUCUUUUAUUUCCUUUUUUUUUUUUUUUUUUUCCUUUGAGAUUUACAACUAUUUACAAAAGACACCAUAGUAACUGUUCCCUUUUGGAGUUCAGUGACUGAAUGGAGAGGACAAAACUUUAAAGUUCUGGGGGAUUUUUAUUCAAUCAGGAGUGGAGAGGGAGUAGGAAUAGUUUGCCUUAAUAUUUGCCUUUUAAAUGAAGGGAUUUCUGAGUUAAGUCUUAAUUCUUGACUCAGUAGCAAAAAGCCCUUCGGGUUUUCGUUUUUGACAGGCAGCAGUUUUCAUGAAUAUCAAGGGCCAAACUCAUUUGCCAGUGUGUAGAUUAAAAUUCAUAGAUACAGUGUUUAAAUUUAAUUCAACUGAAGGAAUCCAGAAUCAGGUGUUAUUUUUCUGUAAGAAUCUUACAUUUCUGUUCUUCUCUUGGACACCUGGGUGCUUUUGGCCAUUUAUGACAAUCUAUGGAAUUACAUCAUUGUUUGUUGUUAGAAAUGUAAUGGGAAUUAUUGAGUAAAGCUGUGUGUCACACUAACAUUAUCACUGGAUAUUCUUCCAAUGGGAGACGCAUAGAUGCUGUAUACGGUUAUAAUCAGUUAUGUCAAUAAAUCCAUUUGCUGAAAGAAAA